ACAAACGGCUCGUGUUGUGUUGUGUAUUUUUAUUUUGUUGACUUUUUGGUUUGAAACUAAAGUUAGUUGCUAAUAAUAACUAACUUGCACGUUUUAUUCGGUCUAGGGUUUAAGAUUUGAGGACUGUUUGUCAAGUUUAUUGCUACGUUUAGUUUAGAAAGAUGUAUUCAUCAAGCACGCAGAGACGUGCCUGGACGUACAAGAAUGUACAACAACUGGAGAGAGAAAGACAAAAGUCCAAUUCAAAGUACAUAAUGAAUUUUAAAGAUAACAAGGAUCUUAAUGACAUUGCUCUGACAGCAAAGGAAGAACUUAUGGUUAUUAGACACUACGAGCAAGGAAUCAGAGCGUUUUUGCAACAGUUUAAGCCAGUAAAAGAGUCUCUGCCGAGAGAAGUCAAAGGCACCGUCUUCCAGCUUUUCAAGAGAUUCUUCACAACCACCUCAGUAAUGGAGUUUCAUCCAAAUGAAAUGAUGAUCACCUGCAUCUAUUUGGCAUGUAAAAUCUGCGAAUACAUGAUACCGAUUGACCUAUUCGUGGAGAGCAUCGAAGGGGAUAAUAAACUACUCCGUUUUAUCAUCAUUGAUCAGGAGCUCGAGUUGUUGGCUCGAAUAAAUUUCAACAUACACAUUGUAAACCCAUACCAUGCUGUGGAUGGCCUCAUGUGCCAGUUGAAUUCUUGCCACAAGAUUCACAACCCUAACCGUCUUCAAGAAUACAUUUACAAGUUCCUUGGUGACAUGUGGCACACAGACGUGUGUCUUCUGUACGCUCCCAGUCAGAUCGCUCUGGCAGCUGUGAUGUUUGCGUGCAGCCGUUGCAAGGAGAACAUCGACGAGUUUGUCAUGAACACGAUCCUGAAGAACCCUUCCAAAGAACAGAGAAACCGCAUCAUCAGUGUUGUACGAGACAUACGUACCAAAGUGCAAGCACCACGUGAAUUACCCACAACGGAGGAAAUUUCAUCCUACGAGACACGGAUAAAUACGUGUCGCAGUCCUCACAACAAUCCCAGCAGCGAAGUAUUCAAAAGAAGGAUGCAAGAGUACAUUUUGGACAAUUACUCUCACCCCCACUCACCUUCUAAUACAGUAAGUAAAUAGUAAGAAGAGGCAGUAGCAG